UCCUCUGUAAAUCCAGACUCUGUCUUCACUCACCGCUCACAGUUCUCGAUUUUCUCUGCGAUUUUUGGUUUCUGCGCAAAGAAGAUUUUCGUAAUUUUAUCACAGUCUAGUGGAAGCCAUGGAAGGUGGAGAAGGUACCGGCAACUGGUUCGAUACUUUAGUGGAUACAAUUGAUUCAGCAAUCGUUAAGGCUGACCAGACUAUUCAUAAGAAUGUUGAAGGUUUUUGUGCUAAUGUUAAGGAACUCUGGUCAGAUCUUAUCGACGAGAUCCCCAAUCCCUCUGAACAUUCCUAUGAGGAUGACAAACAUGCUUCAGAGAUCAAAGAAAAAUCUGAAACUCUGAAUGGUAUUGUUCAAGUGAAAAAGGAAAAUCUGGGCCAUGAAACUUCCAAAUCUGAUGUUGAUGAUAGCAAAAAGCUUAAUGAGAUGGACGUUGCGACGAAAUAUAUAUGUGCUUGGUUUCUUCACCACACUGAAGAAGACUUUAAAAGCUUUGUGAUGGCUGUGGCAUCGUGUUUGAGGUCGAAAGGGCAUCCGGGUCUCGCAGCCGAAGUCGAAAAACUACUCGUCGGUCCUUUUCAUGUGGACAAAAUAACAUCCGAUACUAAUGUCUCCCGUAGGGAAGAAGUUGUUCACCGCAAUGGCAAUAGCUUAGAUAUUCCACUUGUUGUUGGUGAUGGAACAUCAGAGGAGGAUGAAACAUCAGAUAUUGAAGAUGAUGAUGAUGGAUCUGAGGAGGAAACAGUUGAAGGGUACGAGGACGUUGGCUUGAUCUUGGAAGGUGAAGAAGAAGAACAUGUUGAGGUGAUGAGGAAGAGAGAAGAAGCAAUCAAGAAGUUGAAGAUGCGAUUACUUUACGGCAAAGAUACAGAGUCGUCAUCAUCAUCCUUGGACGGAGACAUGGGCAUGUCAGAAGAGGGCCAAUCAUCAAUGCCAGAACUGGACGAAGAGUCAUCAGAUGAAGAUAUCUGGUAUGACUUUGAAGAGGAAGAAGUUGCCUGGCUGAGACAAUUUAUUGAGACGUGGAAGAAUAGAGAUGAAUAUCUUGAUGAUGCAUCAUCACCAUCACCGUCACCGUCACCGUCACUGUCACUGUCACUGUCAAAAGAAGAUGCGGAUUGUUUCAUCUUAGAAAGCAAAGAUGAGGACGAUGCCAAAGCAGAAGAAAUAGACACUUCAAAUGCUGUGUCUGAAGAAGAAGCUUCGGAGUUUGAGUGGGUGAUAGUUUAGGAUGAGUUUUUUUUUUCACUUUAUUUUAAUUUUUAGGGAAUAUUUAGUAUUUAUUAUUUUAUUUUUUUAAGAAGAAAUCGUUUUUUGCAUUUUUUUAUUAAUUCCGGUUCUCAGGAUUUUGGUCAACGAGACAUUUCAAGACCCUAAUUUAUUUUUUA